AUGGUCUUAGCGGUCACCUUCUUCAGUGCCCUUGUCUUUGGUCCAGGGAAAUCUGUGCUAUUUAGUCUCAGGGAUUUAACCCAGUCAUCUUCCCUUCUGACACCCAAGGAGCUGAAUUUUGCCGCUCCUGGGGCGCGCGCUUGGGGCAGCAUUAGAAGCGGUGUGGUGCGGCCGCGCGCCGUAGAGUUGGAGGGCGGCGCCCAGGACCCUGGUGGGCGAGUGUCAGCGCUGCGCCGGGAGGGGUGGGAGGUGCUGGUGGGAGGCGCCGGUCCUGGGGCCCAGGGAUCGCUGAGCUCCAGCGCGAAGAGCGGCGAGCCUGUUGCCCGGCACAGGGCUGAGCGGUCCGGGGCGGACACCAGGCGCUACACCCCCAACAUGAUGCGUCCCAGCAACCUGCGACCCGUGCCGCUAGUGGUCCUGCUGUUGCCGUUGCUGCUGCCUCUCGGAGCUGGUGACUACGAGCUGGAUGUCUCCCCCUACGAAGACACGGUGACCAGCAAACCCUGGAAAAUGGACCUCAGCAAACUGAACAUGCUCAAACCAGGCUCAGACCUCUGUCUCAAGUCCGCCAUGCUGUGUACUCUUAAUGACAAGUGCGACCGGCUGCGCAAGGCCUAUGUGGAGGCUUGUUCGGGGCCCCGCUGCCAACGCCUCGCCUGCCUGGAGCAGCUGCGCGCCUUCUUCGAGAAGGCGGCGGAGCCCCACGCUCAAGGCCUGCUGCUGUGCCCGUGCGCGUCCACCGACCUGGGCUGCGGGGAGCGCCGCCGCAACACCAUCGCCCCCAGCUGCGCGCUGCCACGGGUGGCCUCCAACUGCCUGGAGCUGCGGCGCCUCUGCCUCUCGGACCCACUGUGCAGAUCACGCCUGGCAGAUUUCCAGACCCACUGCCAUCCCAUGGAUAUCUUGGGGACUUGUGCAACAGAGCAGUCCAGAUGUCUACGAGCAUACCUGGGGCUGAUUGGGACUGCCAUGACCCCCAACUUUGUCAGCAACAUCAAUACCAGUGUUGCCUUAAGCUGCACCUGCCGAGGCAGUGGCAACCUGCAGGAGGAGUGUGAGCGGCUGGAAGCGUCCUUUUCCCACAACCCCUGCCUCAUGAAGGCCAUGGCAGCUAAGAUGCGUUUUCACAGCCAAUUCUUCUCCCAGAAUGGGGCGGACUCUACUUUUUCCGUGAUGGAACACCAGAAUCAAAACCCUGCUCUGCGGCCACAGCCCUGGUUGCUCCUUCUGUUCUCCUGCACACUUAUCUUGAUUCUGCUUCUGAGCCUCUGGUAGCUGGACUUCCCUGGGGGCCCCCUUCCCCUCCACCACACCCAGCCAGACUUGCAGCCUGCAAGAGUGAGCAAAAGACAGGAAGGAGGUGCUGAGCAUAGCAUUGCAACCCUGACCUACCUGGCAUGUCCAGGUGUGGACAUGGUAGAAAUAGGGACUGUGAAGACCUCCAGAUCUUGAUUAUUGGCUGGUGCAUCUGCCUUACCUUCCUACUCCCACCUCUGAGUCAGGCUGCUCCUCUUUAGGACUUGGUGACCACAGAUUAAUUGUAUCCUCUGGUGGUGACCAGCUCCACCAAGCUUUUUCCUAAUCCCCACAACCAUUACCUGAAGUUUGACAAAACAGUCGUUUCUGUUUCAUCUUCCAGGUGGGUAGGGCUGAGUGUUCCGAGGCAGCCUAGAAAGAUAGUCCCUGUCAUGAGGAAGUCUGGAGCAGGACUCCUGUGCCCUUGUCUCCUUCUCCGAAUGGGGGUGGGAACCUGUCAUCUGCCCUGGUCUGCCUGCAGAAUCCCACAGAGCAUGUGGGAAUCAGGAGUCGGAGCCUUUGGGCUUGCUUUGUUCCUGCUGCUGUCCCCAAGUCCCCCCAGCCUCUUGGAUCAUGAUUAAACAAU